AUGAAGGGGUUGUUGCAGAACGGACGGGGUGUGGCCCACUCCGUACAGGUAAUGAUCUCACGGUGGAAGGAUAGCAUUUUGGACAGAGAUGUGUUGAAGGCUGGGGCCCUGAGGGCGACACAUAGUCCUUGCGGUCACGCUGAAUUUCAGCACGGAGCUUACGAGAAAUGUGUCCCAGUCAUGCUGCAUAAUUUCGACACCACGUGGCCGCAGACAUUUGGGAAAACGAUGAUAGUCUUUCGGCUGGCUUCGGGGGUAGAUAGUUAA